UUCCUUAGGAAGCAGAGCAAUAACGUCGGAAGGGUCAAUGCAAAGCGGAGAAGAGCACGAGCUCGACGCGCAGGAGCGGCCCAUGCGCGUGGACGAGUUCCGGCAGCACACCGAGAGCGAGAAGCAGUGGGCCGCGCGGCGGCAGUUCCUCGCGAGGCAUCUUCCGGAGUACGAGGCGAACGACAAGAAGAAGACGGAGCAGCUACUGUCUCUCUCUAUGGUGUGGGUGAACCACGUCUUCCUGGGGUGCAGGUAUGGCACAGAGCUCAUGCAGAAGGUUCUGGAAAUGGCAGAAGGCAUUGAUGUUGGCGAGCUACCCUCCUUUGAGCUGGUCCCGGGUACUGAAGGCAAGAAGAGAGCGAGGUCACCUGAUGCCGAGCCUGGGAAGAGAACCGUGACAAAGUUCAAUCCCCGGCCACGGUUUGAACCGGUGCGUUUUGUGAGCGGUAGCAGAGAUGAGAAGGAGAAUGAAGACAAAUGCACCGCAGCUCCUCGGGACUUCAAUGAUUCCCACUUGGAAAGUUCUCCAAGGGACUGUACCGGGGUGUAUGGCUCCACUGCGGGGUCUUCUGCCACUGUGAAUUUCCUGCAGAAUGCCACACCGUAUGUGUUUGAUCCCUGGGCCAACGACUUGGAAGAAAGUGAGCAGUUAGGUUCCAGCAGAGUGGAAGUGGAGCAGUCCAGGGGACAGAACGUUGUACGUCGGGGAUUAGGACACAAGGAUAGAGGUUUGUGUGGCAAAGAUGAUGACAGAGUAGUUCAUGGCAGAGCUUCCACAGAGCAGGGCUGCAGUGAGCCCAGGCCUGUUUCUCCAGCCACGCUACAAGAAAAACAGAAACUUAUUGCCAGAUUGUCUUCUACCAUGGCUGCCCAAGUGCAGGACUCGGCGUCCAUGAGCAGCCAGGGCACGCUAAACUACAGCUUAAUCCUGAGCCGCAGUAUCCAGGCCUGCAGGACCAACCCGGAGUAUGUAUAUGUCAAUAUGAAGGACAUUCCACCCAGUGACCUACCGAAAAACAAGAAGGUGCCCGGUGAUGGCUACGCCUGUGAGCUGCGCAUCCAGUGCGUGUACCUGGCUACUGGAUACUCGGGCAGUAAAAAUGGAGCCAGGGACCGGGCCUCGGAGCAGGCCGUCAAGCUCUUCGUGAAGCCGGUGGAAGUGCGGGUGGUGCAGCGUAGGCACAAGUACACGUACAUCAAUGAGCUGGUGGUGUGCCAGGUACACUUGCCCACACCGCCGCUGGUACCAGCCCUGUGGAGCCCUGAGUACAAGCAGUCACAGAGCGCCGGAGGCCAGCGUGAGCCAAGCCGCCGCAAGUGCUGGACGGAUUUCACAGUUGUGGAGAAUGCACAGGAUGCCAUCUGCAUCCUCAACAACUCAGCAGCCUUCAGUCGGAUGAAGAUUGAUUACAAGUUUGAGCUUCUGCUUAACCGAGGCCUCUGGCAGUGCAGCGUGUAUGUGCAGGACGAACUGGUGGCUCAGGCUGUGGGCACCAAGAAGAUGUCCAAGCAUGCAGCUGCGGAGGAGGCACUCAGAAAGCUGCGCGUGAACCAAGCAGCUAAGCUGCAGAACAGCAAUUACAACCACUGCUCCUUUGAGCAGACUUACGGUCAACAGGGUGGCAAGAAGGACUUUAAUGAACUGGUUAUCUUGGAGAACUCUGACAAUGCCAUCUGCAUCAUCAAUGAUACGGCACAGUUCAACAAAGUGGCAGCCAGCUUUAGGUUCAUGCUGCUGCCACACCAGCGCUGGAAGUGCGAGGUUUACUUGGACGAUCGGUAUGUAGCAGAGGGUGUGGGGCCCAAAAAGAACGUGAAGCACAUUGCUGCAGAGGCCGCUCUGGUGAAGCUGAGGCAGACCCAUGCUGUAGUGAAGUCGAACCUGCGCAAGGACAACGGCGAUGCCAUUUCCCGCGACCAGAUCGCUGGCCGUGCAAAAAUACAGCAGUUACGGCAGGAGAUAAAGGAGGACAAUAUUGGGAAUCGGCUCCUUCGCAAAAUGGGCUGGACUGGUGGCGGGCUGGGCCGAGUGGGGGAGGGUAUCGCAGAGCCCAUCAUGGUGAAGGAGCAGUUUGCCAGAGAAGGCCUCGGGCUGGACACAGGCAAGCUGGGACACCAGCUAAGCAAGAAGGGCCUGGAGGACAUGAUUCGCAACUACGCCUGCUCGGACCGACAGGAUGAACUGCGCUUCUCCACAGAGCUCACUAAUGACGAGCGCAAGCAGAUCCACCAGGUGUCCCAGAAGUAUGGCCUGCGCAGCAAAUCUUACGGCCAGGGCAUGCAGCGAUUCCUCAUCGUGAGCCGCAAGGUGCAGAAAGAACAGCUCAUUGACCAACUGCUGCAAGAUGGCCAAGUAGGGAGAUACGAGCUGGUGAAACCUCAAGCUGCCCACUGACUUAAGGGGAAGGUGUCCUGAUUCUCGUUCAUGCUUAAAUAUGUGAGAUGCUGCUGUUUUCUGUGUGGCAUUUUGUAUUUUAUUAGAAUGUACUAGGUAUGCAGUGAUAACACAAAUUACUACACGAAUCUCCACUCUCUUUGCAUUUGGUGUCUUCCUACACUGAUAAACGGAGAAAUUUACAAGGGUCGGUAAUGGGCACUUAUAGUAGUGUAUAAUAUAUACAUUGGGAUGUAGAGUUCAAAGCCCUGUUCUUAAUGCAUGAAAGGAUGAAGUAGCUUGGUGUACAAACAUUUUAAAAAAAAAAAAAGUCUUGGAGAAUGACAUUUGAUAAAUUAAUACAUGUGAAGAUUUUACAACACAUCCCUUUUGUUCAUGUUUUCAUAUUUUUUCAAAUUUCUUCAAUAUUUGUUAUAAGUUGGUUAUGUUUUAAAUUAGUUUGAUUUGUAUUGUUUUAUUGUAAGAACUGUUUUUUGUGUGCUAAAAUGCAGAAGUUGUAACAAACAGUUAAUCCUCAGUCAGAACUUUACAGGAAGACAGCUGCAAAACUCAUCUUAAGUGGUUUUUGAGUUUCAGUGGGUUUUCUCAUGAAUUUGUGUAACCGCUAAAUAGCAAAUUGUCAUUUUUAUUUUAUGUUCUUUGUGUGGAUUUCAUCUGGGUGCUCCGGUUUCCUCCCACAUUCAAAAGACAUGCAGUUCGAAUGGCUUGUUCACUCUGAAUCACCCAUAGUGUGUGAGUAUGAGUGUGAAACGGAGAGAAAGGGGUAUGUGGUUGAUACAAGCAGUAUAUGUGCCAUUGUUAUUCAUCGGGUCACCUUGCUGAGUAAGGUGUGGGCUGAUCCACUGUGUACAGUGUUCACUGGAAGUCACUUUGGAGAAAAGCAUCUGCUAAAUUAAUAAAUGUAAAUAUGAAAUGUAGGUGGCAAAUGUGACUUCGGCAGUGUGUAAUCCUGUUCAUGUUUUCUUGUGCGGUUGAACGUCAUCAAACCACAAAGCAUGAUUACACUGAGCACAGUGUACUUUGUGUGUUUGCAUGUGUCAAUAGAUAGUAGACAGACCAGACCAGAGAGUGAGCGACCUUAGCUGAGAAUUUACAGGCCAUUUCCCAGCAUUCUCGACAGUGGUUCCACCAAGCGCUCUAAUGUGUGAGGACCGGUUUGUGGGCUCUUGAGUGGAGUAAUAAAUUACAGUGUGCUAAAUAGGGAGGCCCGACAUCACCGGACACGUGUUACCAAUGUGACACAGGAGGAGCCUCUUUCUGGGAAAUCGGAGAACUGCUAGUUUAUUCCUUGUCUGCUCUGCAGAACCCCCUUUUUUAAAGUAAAAAGAGAGAGGGACAAAGAAAUAUUGAGCAUAUUCAGACAAUAACUGUUGGAGAGAUAAGAUAAAUAGAAAAAGACAAGGAGAGAAAGAAAAGAGUUGGGCAUGUAUGUGAAAGUAAUUAUAAGUUCUUUUGUGCAUUUCUAUAGUCUAUGUGUUCAAGAAAUGCAAAUAGUGACAUACUAAAACAGUGCAAGGAGAAUUCGGGAAAGGCAGCUACAUGAAAAAGGAAAGCUGGCCGAAAGAAUCAAGUACAUGAGUUCAAUAUCUAACAAAGUUGUGUCAUGGCAGCAAUAAAGUAUUUAAUGGAUUUAACAAUUAAAAUUCUAAAUUAAUCUAAUUCUAAAGAAUUUAACAGUUUAAAAUUAAUAUUAAAGAAGAAAAAAGCAAGAUGGG